AACUUCUCCGCCAUGCGACCUUUCCGGACGAGUGUAUGAUGCUUGGCUGGAAGGGUGAGCGAUUAUCUUCGAUGAACUUUGAGGACGCGACGAAGGAGUAUGGAGCCCCAUUUUGGGAUUUCCAUCGUGCAGACUUGCAUAAAGCCUUACUGGAUAGAGCUCAAGAACUUGGGGCCAGGUUCUCAAUCAACGCCAGAGUCAUGGAUAUCAAGUACGAAACAGAUGGCAAAGAUACUGCCACUGUCUUGUUGAAGUCUGGAGAGCGUUUGGUCGCGGAUCUUGUCGUUGGAGCCGAUGGCAUAUUCUCGACUUGCCGGGAACUUCUUCUUGGAGCGCCCAGCCCACCCACACCCACUGGUGAUCUUGCGUAUCGUGUGCUGCUUGAUACAAAAGCCAUGAAGGAAGAUCCGGAGCUCGCGCCGUUGCUGGAGAAGCCCCACAAGGUUCGCUAUUGGAUGGGACCAGGAGCCCACGCUGUCAACUACGUUCUUCGAGAUGGGGAACUCUUCAACAUGGUAUUGCUUGUACCAGAUGACAUGCCGGCUGAUGCGACAACACUAGACGGCAAUGUCGAAGAGAUGAUUGAAUUGUACAAAGAUUGGGACCCUCGCAUACCAAAGUUGCUUGCUCUGUGUCAAUCGGUACAAAAGUGGAAGUUGUGCUUCCGUGCUGGCUUGAAGUCUUCCUGGUCGAAUGAGGAUGCGACAUUUGUUCUUCUUGGCGAUUGCGUCCAUGCUACCCUACCUUACCUAGCUUCAGGUGCAGGCAUGUCGCUCGAAGACGGUGCAACACUAGGCUUCUGCUUGAGCAAGAUCAAGAGCCGUUCACGCCAGGAGAAACAAAGGGCCUUGAAAGUCUACGAAGACUGUAGACGUAUUCGAACAGAAAGCAUUGUCGAGAGAGGUAAUUUGCAGCAAGAGCUUUACCACUUCGACGACGGUCCGGAACAGCAAGCUCGAGAUGACAGGUUUCACUUGUUCGAGAAGCUAGAGGAGGAAAUCAUGGCCAACGGCGGUGUCAGCGUGAAGCUGCCUUCAGGACUCGCAGAAGGCGAUGACCCUUUGGCUUGGAGAAGAAGCGGUGUUGGAAAUUGGCUGAUGUCGUUCGACUGUCAGCGCGAUGUUGAGCGUCGCUGGCCAACAGGGAUGGACACUAUCUCUAGCCCAGAUGUGCGAGCUCAGUUGUGAACGUGAAAGUCAAGAAUAAAAUAUCAUUACCAG